UGGUUUCAGUCUCGAAUACAACUUGUUGCUGCGCAGACGCGAAUCGCUCAGUUGCGGACAGUCGGAGUUCGAAUCCUCCUCUGCUUUAUAGUAUAUCUUUGCUCUCGAUCGCGGCGAUUGCUAAUUCGAAGAUCGUGCUAAUCGAAAUACCGAGAAAUCGCAAUCCGCAAAAAUUCCAAAACCAGACCGGGUGUAAACCAAGUGCUUGUGGCCUAUACUAAACGUAGUUUUGUGAUUUCCCUGCUAAUUGGCAGACGGAGUUGCUCCUGUGGUGGUGGUACGCAGUCGAGAGCCACUCGCUCGGUUCGGAAGAUGGCCAAGUGCGGUUUGAAUGUGCAACUCAACGGCUGUGGGCCCAAAACAACAAUUGCUUAGGGCAAUUAAAGCUGCGCCUGCGCAAGCCUUCCUAACCUCAAAAGUUAUCGGUGGACAAAAAAUAAAGAAGCUGAAAAACACAUCUGAAAAAUAACAAAAAUUAUAUAUAAAAGCCUUCGGACGACUCUUGUGGCUCGUAACGUGAAACUGGUUCCUACACACUCACACUCAUACACACACACGUUCGCGCGUUGAAAGACCCACUCGAAAACACACACACACACACACAGUGAAAUGUAAACACCAAUACAGUGGGAAAUUGCAACGACAACAGCUUAAAUACAAAACAACAACAACAGCAGCGGCAAACGCAGUGAAAGAGUCGAAAAAAAAAAUUAUAAAAAAGCUGUUUCUUCGGCACGCAAAGCUGAGUGAGCAUAAAGAAGCCGAAAGUAAACCGCAAGUUCAAGAAAAAAAUAUUGCAAAAAAUAAGCCCUAUGACGUCAGGGGUUAUAGCUUGGAACAGGGCUUGAAUGAUCCCACUGUACCGCCCACCAGCUAAAACGCCAACCACCCACCGCCCAACAAUGCUGCUGCGACGGCGCAACGGCCUCUGCCUGCCCCUGCUGCUGCUCCUCCUGGCCCACUGCAUCUGCAUCUGGCCCGCCUCGGCGGCCCGCGAUCGCUAUGCCCGCCAGAACAAUCGCCAGCGCCAUCAGGAUAUAGAUCGAGAUCGGGAUAGAUAUCUCUACCGCAGCUCUUCGACGAGGGACCGCCAGAGGAGCGGGGCCAAUUUCGCUUUGGGACUGGGUCCCAAUGGCGCUACCAUUCCCACCAGUAUCGAGGAGAAGUCAAAGAACGAAUUCGUCAAGGGAAAAAUCUGCAUUGGCACCAAAUCCCGCCUGUCGGUGCCCUCGGACAAGGAACACCAUUACCGGAACCUCAGGGAUCGAUACACCAACUGCACCUAUGUGGAUGGCAACCUGGAGCUGACUUGGCUCUCGAAUGAGGACUUGGACCUGAGCUUCCUGGACAACAUUCGGGAGGUCACUGGCUAUAUACUGAUCAGUCAUGUGGACGUCAAGCACGUGAUCUUUCCAAAACUGCAAAUCAUUCGCGGCCGCACGCUGCUCAGUUUGUCCGUGGAGGAGGAGAAGUACGCCCUGUUCGUCACCUACUCCAAGAUGUACACACUGGAGAUUCCUGACUUACGUGACGUCCUUAAUGGUUAUGUCGGCUUCCACAACAACUACAACCUCUGUCACAUGCGGACGAUCCAGUGGUCUGAGAUCGUGUCCAACGGCGUCUACUACAACUACAACUUCACGGCCCCGGAACGAGAGUGCCCCAAGUGCCAUGAAAGCUGCUCCAACGGUUGUUGGGGCGAAGGACCGAAGAACUGUCAGAAGUUCAGCAAGCUGACCUGCUCGCCCCAGUGUGCCGGAGGUCGCUGCUAUGGGCCCAAGCCUCGGGAGUGCUGCCAUCUCUUCUGCGCCGGAGGAUGCAAUGGGCCCACCCAAAAGGACUGCAUCGCCUGCAAGAACUUCUUCGACGAGGGCGUCUGCAAGGAGGAGUGCCCGCCCAUGCGCAAGUACAACCCCACCACCUAUGUCCUAGAGGCCAAUCCCGAGGGCAAGUACGCCUACGGAGCCACCUGUGUCAAGGAGUGCCCGGGUCACCUGUUGCGCGAUAACGGCGCCUGUGUCCGCAGCUGUCCCCAGGACAAGAUGGACAAGCAGAGCGAGUGUGUACCCUGUAAUGGACCAUGUCCCAAGACCUGCACUGGCGUCGGCGUUCUACACGCCGGAAACAUUGAUUCCUUCCGGAACUGCACUAUCAUCGAUGGCAAUAUUCGCAUCUUGGAUCAGACCUUCUCGGGCUUCCAGGACGUCUACAACAACUACACGAUGGGACCGCGCUACAUUCCGCUGGAUCCCGAGCGACUGGAGGUCUUCUCCACGGUUAAGGAGAUCACUGGCUAUCUGAACAUCGAGGGAACCCAUCCGCAGUUCAAGAACCUCUCGUACUUCCGCAACCUGGAGAUCAUCCACGGUCGCCAGCUGGUGGAGAGCUUGUUUGCCGCGUUGGCCAUCGUAAAGUCCUCCCUCCACAGCCUGGAGAUGCGCAAUCUGAAACAGAUCAGUUCCGGCAGUGUGGUCAUCCAGCACAAUCGGGACCUCUGCUACGUGAGCAACAUCCGGUGGCCGGCCGUACAGAUGACGCCCGACCAAAAGGUGUGGGUGAACGAGAACCGUAGAGCGGAGCUGUGCGAGAAAAAUGGAACCAUUUGCUCGGAUCAGUGCAACGAAGAUGGCUGCUGGGGAGCUGGCAACGAUCAGUGCCUCACCUGCAAGAACUUCAACUUCAAUGGCACCUGCAUCGCCGACUGUGGUAAUAUAUCCAAUGCCUACCAGUUCGACAACCGAACCUGCAAGAUGUGCCAUCCAGAGUGCCGGACAUGCACAGGAUCUGGUGCAGACCACUGCCAGGAGUGCGUGCACGUGAGGGACGGCCAGCACUGCGUGUCCGAGUGUCCGAGUAACAAGUACAACGACCACGGUAUUUGCCGCGAAUGCCAUGCCACCUGCGAUGGGUGCACUGGGCCCAAGGACACCAUCGGACUUGGGGCCUGCAAGACCUGCAAUUUGGCCAUCAUCAACACUGACGCCACUGUGAAACGCUGCCUGCUGAAGGAUGACAAAUGCCCGGACGGCUACUUCUGGGAGUAUGUGCACCCGCAGGAGCAGGGAUCGCUGAAGCCGCUUGCUGGUAGAGCCGUCUGCCGGAAGUGCCACCCUCUGUGCGAACUCUGCACGAACUAUGGGUACCACGAACAGGUCUGCUCCAAAUGCACCCACUACAAGCGGCGGGAACAGUGCGAGACUGAGUGUCCGUCGGAUCACUACACGGACGAGGAGCGACGCGAGUGCUUCCAGUGCCAUCCAGAGUGCAACGGGUGCACGGGUCCUGGAGUCGACGACUGCCUGGCCUGUCGCAACUUCAAGGUGUUUGACGCCAACGAGACCGGCCCCUAUGCGAACUCCACCAUGUUUAACUGCACCUCGAAGUGUCCCUUGGAUAUGCGGCACGUGAACUAUCAGUCCACGGCCAUUGGUCCGUAUUGUGCCUCCAGUCCGCCGAGGAGCAGCAAAAUGACUGCCAAUCUGGAUGUGAACAUGAUAUUCAUUAUCACGGGGGCUGUUCUGGUGCCGACCAUCUGCAUCCUGUGCGUGGUCACCUACAUUUGCCGGCAGAAGCAGAAGGCCAAGAAGGAGACCGUCAAGAUGACCAUGGCUCUGUCCGGCUGCGAGGAUUCCGAGCCACUACGUCCCUCGAACAUUGGAGCCAAUCUGUGUAAGCUGCGCAUCGUCAAGGAUGCCGAGUUGCGAAAGGGCGGAGUCCUUGGAAUGGGAGCCUUUGGCCGAGUGUACAAGGGCGUUUGGGUGCCGGAGGGUGAGAACGUUAAGAUCCCGGUGGCCAUCAAGGAGCUUCUUAAGUCUACGGGUGCCGAGUCCAGCGAGGAGUUCCUGCGCGAAGCCUACAUUAUGGCAUCCGUAGAGCAUGUGAAUCUGCUGAAACUCCUGGCGGUUUGCAUGUCAUCGCAGAUGAUGCUGAUUACCCAAUUGAUGCCCCUAGGCUGCCUGCUGGACUAUGUACGGAAUAAUCGGGACAAGAUCGGAUCCAAGGCGCUGCUUAACUGGAGCACACAAAUCGCCAAGGGCAUGUCGUAUCUGGAGGAGAAGCGACUGGUACACAGGGACUUGGCUGCCCGCAAUGUCCUAGUGCAGACUCCCUCGCUGGUGAAGAUCACCGACUUUGGACUUGCCAAGUUGUUGAGCAGCGAUUCCAAUGAGUACAAGGCUCCCGGUGGCAAGAUGCCUAUCAAAUGGCUAGCACUCGAGUGCAUCCGCAACCGCGUCUUCACCAGCAAAUCGGAUGUGUGGGCCUUUGGUGUGACCAUUUGGGAACUGCUGACCUUCGGCCAGCGGCCUCACGAGAACAUACCCGCCAAGGACAUUCCCGAUCUCAUCGAAGUGGGCCUAAAGCUGGAGCAGCCAGGGAUUUGUUCACUGGACAUCUACUGCACCCUGCUCUCCUGUUGGCAUUUGGAUGCUGCCAUGCGGCCGACCUUCAAACAACUGACCACGGUCUUUGCAGAGUUCGCCAGAGAUCCGGGGCGGUAUCUGGUCAUUCCAGGCGAUAAGUUCACUCGCCUGCCAGCAUACACGAGUCAGGAUGAGAAGGACCUCAUCCGGAAACUGGCGCCCACCACUGACGGCUCUGAAACAAUUGUGGAGCCGGAUGACUACCUGCAACCCAAGGCUGCACCUGGGCCUAGCCACAGAACCGAUUGCACUGAUGAGAUACCCAAGCUGAAUCGCUACUGCAAGGAUCCCAGCAACAAGAAUUCCAGUGGCGGAGAUGAUGAAACGGAUUCGAGUGCCAGGGAAGUGGGCGUCGGAAAUCUGCGCCUCGAUCUGCCAGUUGAUGAGGACGAUUACUUGAUGCCCACUUGCCAGCCGGGACCCAACAACAACAAUAACACCAACAAUCCCAAUCAAAACAACAUGGCAGCGGUGGGCGUGGCCGCCGGCUACAUGGAUCUCAUCGGAGUGCCCGUUAGCGUGGACAAUCCAGAGUAUCUGCUCAACGCGCAGACACUGGGAGUAGGCGAGGCGCCGAUACCCACCCAGACCAUUGGGAUUCCGGUGAUGGGAGUUCCGAGCACCAUGGAGGUCAAGGUGCCACUCCCUGGCAGUGAGCCGACCAGCUCCGAUCACGAGUACUACAAUGAUACCCAAAGAGAGCUCCAGCCUCUGCAUCGAAACCGCAACACGGAGACGAGGGUGUAGACUCUCCGUUAAGGGAGGAGCAGCUUAUUGCCAAUGGAAGGAGGAGAAUCUUGCCAAGUGCCUUUGGAAGCCAUGCGGAGAUGCCUUUACUGGCUGUUAUCUUAGAUAGGAGCCCGCGCGCCUGUACAAAGCCUAGACCGACCCGAUAGAUUUGUAUAUUACUACCGAUAUUACUCUCUAGUGUACUUAGCCAGUCCCCCAGCAUCUUUGUGUAUACUCCUCUAUCCUCUACCCUCUAGCCCUUAGCCUCUAAAGCUGUAGUCAGCAGGGACCGUCGUCGCGGUCCUGCGCUUGUAGAAUCCAUGUAAUUACGAGAACAAAACACCGAUAGUGCAUUUCUUAGACGCCUCCGUCAAGCCAAACUCGAAGAGAUCCAAGAGGAUCGGCUCCACCGGAGGGCGCACUUAGCUAAUCCGAGAUGUCCUGAUCACUCGGCCAUCAAUUACUUCUUGUACUUGUAGUUAGCCGUAGUCUCUAGUAGCGCCUAGUUUCCAACUGUGAUAUAGUUUGUAGGACUCGACCUAAGGACUUCUAACACGAUGAACAAAUCGAACGACUCGAAACAGUUAAGCAAUGAAAAUAGUAGAAAAACUAAUCAAUGCGUAGCCACACACCGAUCUUAUGCAAUUUUAGGCCUAGUUUCAAAUCCCAUUCGACUACUUCGACAAUAUGUGAAAGUUUUACAAUCAAAUCCCGAGCGUGCCAUGCAUCGAUCGAUGCAAAUCUCCUAAAGAUUUCGAAUACCUUGUUGGCACACUAGAGUGUAAGCGAAUGCCUAGGCGAUAUUCUACUGAUCAAAGAUACAUAAGUAAUCAUAGAAAACACACACAUAUACUUCUUAUAUACAAUAUAUGUACCAAUAUAUACACGUGUAGAUUUGCCAAGUUAUGCCUACUGGAUAAGUUAAUUUAAUUUAAACUAGACUAUAUACAUGUAUGUGAAUAUAUAUACACAAAUAAAAUUAUUUUUC